AUGGGCGCCGCCAUUGCUUGAUUCACAUGUGCGCCGCUGUCUUUCGCGCACGCAUCUCGCGUAGCGUAAGCGCAAUCUAGCAAAAGGCGGCCGCUGCCAGCAACAAACGAUGGCGGACGAAGCCGGGGACGCACCGAACUCGGACUCCGACUUCGAAGACAUGGAGGACGGCGACGUGGAAGACGACGACGACAUGUCGGACGGAGGCAACGUCGCUGCCACAGGUGCCGGCGCGGCCGAGCGUCGCGUUUACGUGCCCGGUACCACUACGUCGAACGAGGACGGCGAGGAACUGGAGUGCGAUCAGUCGGCCUACGUCGUCUACCACCAGGCCACCACAAUUGCGCCUUGUCUGAGCUUUGACAUCAUCAAGGACAACCUGGGUGACGACCGGGCGGAUCGGUUCCCUCUCACCUGCUACCUUACCUCCGGCACCCAGGCGGAGCGGUCGCACUUGAAUCACCUCAUGGUGAUGAAGAUGAGCAACCUGAGUCGAAACAAAGAGGCAUCUCAAAAGGACGCUGGCGAUGAUGAGGACAGCUCGGACAGCGACGACGAAGACUCCAAGCCGGAGCUGGAAACUGCUCUGGUCCCACACAACGGCUGCGUCAACCGUGUCAGGGUUGCCAAGGUCGGCGACAAGACCCUGGCAGCGUCGUGGUCGGAAAACCGUCGCGUCUACUUGUGGGACCUCGCUCGGCCACUGCACGUGCUCGACCAUCCUUCGGCCAUGUCGUCGUAUGUGCGCAACCAUGAGGCUCCCAAACCAAUCUUCAACUUUGGAGGUCACUUGGCUGAGGGCUAUGCAGUUGACUGGUCGCCGACCAAACCAGGUGUGUUAGCGACCGGCGAUUGCCUCAAGAGCAUCCACCUGUGGAAGCCGCAGGAAGGCAGCUGGCACGUCGACCAGCGACCUUACACGGCGCACACGGCAUCAGUCGAAGACAUCCAGUGGUCUCCCAACGAAGCCACGGUCAUGGCGUCUUGUUCGGUCGACAAGUCCAUCAGAGUGUGGGACGUUCGUGCAGCACCCCACAAGGCGUGCAUGCUCACGGCCGCUGAUGCCCACGAGGCCGACGUCAAUGUCAUUAGUUGGAACCGAAAAGAGCCUUUCCUCCUGUCUGGCGGUGAUGAUGGCGCCAUCAAGGUUUGGGACCUGAGGACCUUUCAGGGUGGACGCCCUGUCGCCACCUUCAAGCACCACCUCGCGCCGAUCACCUCCGUCGAGUGGCACCCGACAGACAGCACCGUCUUCUGCGCCAGCGGCAGCGACGACCAGCUCACCCUGUGGGACCUGGCCGUCGAGCGGGACCGCGACGCGGAGGGUACCGCCGGGGACGAGGAGAAUGACGACGAGGCCCUGCAGGGGCUGCCUCCGCAGUUGCUCUUCAUCCACCAGGGGCAGAAGGACAUCAAGGAAGCACACUGGCAUCCGCAGAUGCCCGGCCUCAUCCUGAGCACUGCACAGAACGGUUUCAACGUGUUCCGAACUAUCAGUGUCUGAGGAGGCGCGACGAUGAAGUGAAGUGCGUCGUCUUGCGGACUCUGCCAAUGGCAACAAGUCGGAUACUGUUGGGGUCGGCUGUAGUUAUUGCACAGAACUACAAUGUGUACAGACAUGAGUAAGAACGCACAGACCAGAUGCCAAGUGCUCCUUGUCUCGUGUGUUCGUAAUGCUGCUCCAUUCUGGUCCGAUAGCUGUUUUGUGCAAAAACUACAGCGGCUCCAAACACCAAAUACCACACUGGAGAAUUUAAGAAUUUGCCUAGUGGGUCUAACCGGGAGUGGAAUUGUGGCCGAUGUGUCACGUGCACAGCGUCCCCUGAUGCUUGUGUCAGGACUGCCCAACAUAGUUUUUGUUGCAUCAUACCGUGCUGUAAAUAGGCAGUCAUAUGAAUGAUUCGGAAGAUAGAUUGUUGUUGUUGUUUUAAAUUAAGAUAAAUAACGCAGUCCAAACUUGCACUGUCGAAGAAUGUCACGUUACUGUGUGGGGGCCACACAUUUUUUCCACACAAAUCGGGGGCCCCGAAAUUCUUAGCUGCGGCACGUGGACAAGAAAUAUGAAUAAAUUUGCAUCUAGCGCUGUCGAACCUCCAUAUAACAUACGUGGAUAUAAAAAAAAGUCAAUAUAAAA